CAAUCGGACCACGCACCCCAGACGGGGGAAACAGACACCACGCAGGCACCGAAGCCCCAGCGUGGCCCUCGGUUCCUCCGCCCUAGCUGCGCGGAGGCGAAGAGGAAGGAUGACGACGACGACGACGACGACGGCGACGGCGACGGCGACGGCGACGGCGCACAGGACUGGUGCGCCGUGUACAUCAACCUGGCCAGGAGGCCGGACCGGCGCGAGCGGUUGCUAGGCCAGCUUGGCGCUUGGAACGGCGCCCUGGCGAGGCGGCUGCAGCGCGUGGACGCCGUGGACGGCCAGCGGCUGGACCUCGGGGACGAGCUGGUGGCCCGGGUGGUGGACGAGCAGGCAGCAAAGGGGCCAGGAAGGACAGCGAGAGGGCCACGAAGAGCUACAUCGAGGCCACGAAGGUCAGCAAGGGGACCACGAAAGGCGCUGGAGCGGGCCGAGCACGCGCGGCGGCGAGGCGCCUACACCAUCGUGCACAGAGGCGGGCAUUUGAUGCACUUCGACAACCACCUGACUCCAGGCGGCAUCGCGUGCGCCAUGUCCCACCGGCGGGCCCUGGAAGCCGUGGCGUCCCACCCGACGGCCAGG